UUUUGGAAUUGCUGAAUUUGAAGUUAGAGUUGUUUCAGUGUAGUACCACUAGCAAAAACGAUCGUUGUUUGCGUGUUUUGGGUUGAUUCAUGUUUCAAAAACUUUUAAAAAACAUUGGAAUUACGAAUUUAAUUCGGAAAAAAGCUACAGAACCUGAAUUGUUUUUUCCUCUAUCGAAAUCUCCUGUAAAAGCACUUAGAUUACGAGCAGAGCACAUACGACGGGUUUAUAAAUGCCCAGUAUCAGGAAAACCAGUUUCUUAUGAUUGCCCAGAAUCAGGAUUCCCUUCACACUGCAGUAAAGCCCACUGGGAACAAGACGAAACCCAUCAAGCCUUAAUUCCUAAACUACGCCAAAUCAAUGAGGAUUUUCACGAUUUAGCCAGACCAAACUCUUUCCCCCAACUUGCUAAUCUUCCUGGAUCAGCAGAAAAAGAUGUAGCUAUUGCUCUUUGGUCCUGGGAUUCUUACUUUUACACGAGAGGCUUCCCCAGCAUUGGAAAUGAACGGACGGCACGACAUCUAACCAGUUUGCUAACUUAUCCUAUGACUAUUGGUGGUAUUCUACAUAAGAACUCUCCAUAUAAUCUUAAAAAUGGAUUGACACCUCAAGGAUUACAAUCCUUAGCUGUUCAAAGAUACAUGUUAAACCGUCCUACGUCGGCCCAGUCUACCGAUCCCCGCCCAACAAGAAUUUUUGUUCUUGGAUCCAAAUUUGAAAGCGCCUUGCCUCCUGCAUUAUGGCUGCAGGGUAUAAAUUUCUUAUUUACAGGUCGUUUGUUCCAACUUCAUUUUAUCGGACCUGAACUUGUCAAGCCAGCAAAAUUAAGUACUCUCCCAUCUCCUCUCUCUCUUCAUUUCCAUCAGGACUAUUAUCAUAAUUUGCAUAAGACAGGAACUUUCGAACCCUUCGAUCCUUACUAUGAUACUUUCUUUCUGCCCAUGCCAGACUUUGGGAAUCCUGAACUUUAUAACUCCUGGGUCCCCACCUUACAUGAUUUGAUUUCUACAAAAUGUGCUGUUUGGGUUACCAGUCCCUCUUCCGCUCAAACGAAACGAGACAUGAGUAUGUUACAAGAUGUACUUAAAGAUUCCUUUGAAACCCUUCUCUCACCUCAGCAAAACGUCUUUGCUAGUCGUGCUUGGACCGUGAAUGAUGAUAAUCUUCACAAUGUGUAUCACGUAAAUGAUGAAGUUUACGGGUUUCGAUCUCUUCAUCAUAAUGUUCAAAACGUGUAAAGAAUUUUACAAGGCCUCUCUCAGUGACAAUUUGUCAUUUUCUCAUGUUUUUACAGUCCUAAAAAAAGCCUACUCUUUUGCUAAUGAAUACGUUUAAUUUAGCAUUAAAAAUACUCGUACAAUAGUUUUUCUUGAUAAGAAUACUCAUAUAUACACAGUAACAUAAAAAUUCUUACAUGAAGGAACGGAAAUAUUAUCAAUAUUAUUAAACGUUAACAUGUUUACAAGAAACAAAAGUUCUAUACUUCACUUUAAC